AUGGACUUUCAAAACCAGACAAGUGUGUCUGAGUUCCUCCUCCUAGGCCUCACUCAGGAUCCAGAACACCAGAGAUUUCUUUUUGGACUAUUUUUGAUUAUGUACGUAGUUACUAUGGCUGGGAACCUGCUGAUUAUCUUGGCCAUUGUCUCUGAUGUUCACCUCCACACCCCCAUGUACUUCUUCUUGGCUAACCUCUCCUUCACAGAUGUCUGCUUUGUGUCUAAUACAGUUCCCAAGAUGCUGGUGAAUCUAUAUACCCAGAAAAAGGCCAUCUCCUACACUGGAUGCUUGAUUCAGUUGUAUUUUUUAGUUUCAUUGGUGGCUCUGGACAACCUCCUCUUGGCUGUGAUGGCCUAUGAUCGCUUUGUGGCCAUCUGCCGUCCCCUUCACUAUACCAUUAUCAUGAGCCCCAGACUGUGCAUUUUGUUGCUAGUUCCAUGCUGGGUCCUCUCCAUUCUCUAUGGAUUGACCCACACAAUUCUCAUGUCUACCUUGACAUUCUGUGGGCCGAGGGAAGUCAGUCACAUCUUCUGUGAGAUGUAUGUCCUACUACAGUUGGCUUGCUCUGAUACCCGAGUCAAUCAGGCAGUGCUACUCAUAACAGGCUCUCUCCUUUUCAUUGUUCCCUUUCUGUUUAUGCUAAUUUCCUAUGUUCAAAUUGUCAAGGCCAUCCUGAGGAUCCCCUCAGCGACUGGGAAGUACAAAGCAUUCUCUACCUGUGCUUCACAUCUGGCUGUGGUUUCCCUGUUCUAUGGUACUCUAUUUGGGGUGUAUUUGCAACCUCUGAAAACCUAUUCUGUGAAAGACUCCGUGGCUACAGUUAUGUAUGCUGUAGUGACUCCCAUGUUCAACCCCUUUAUCUACAGUCUAAGGAACCAGGACAUGAAGGGGGCCCUGAGGAAACUUCUCAGAGGGAAAACUGUUCCUUGA